AUGUCCAUGCAGCAGCAGCAGCAGCGGCGGCGGAGGGGACUCUGGGUGAAGGAAUCAUUGGCUGCAGAGCGUUACCUGGACUCAGGACAUUGCUAUGCAGAGACGGCGCUCCUCCUCAGCCUGCUGACAGCCUUUAUCUCCAGCAGCUACAGUCGCUUCCAGCCCAAAGCUGUUUACCCUGCAGCUUCCAGGCCAUCUCUGCUAGCGGUGCAUCAGCACACGCAUCCUCACUGCCUGCACAGAGAAAGCUACAGGCAGCUAGCAUGGCUGCUAAGGACUCGGAUCGAGUCGGUCCAUCCGUCCUCCUGCUCCGCUACCACCUCCCUACAGAGAUCCUCCAGCGUACGCCGCAAUGUUCUGACCAGAACACCGACCACAUCAAGCUCCGGGUCAUCGCGUCGCCCUGGACCCCAAACGCCAUCCAAGGAUUCUCCAGGAGGUCCGAACGUUCCUCCUGACCUGGACUCCAGCGAUCCAGAACAGCUGGUUGAUGAAGGAGGAAGAAGCAGCGCUGAAAUGAGACCUUCGCUAAUGCGCUGCGUGAAAUCGCAUCGCCUUCAAUGGAAUUACUCUCACUGCCUGUCCAAGAGCAGCGCUUCAAAUGACAGUAAUGAAGACAUUUUAACCUGCGAUGGCAAAGAGAAGGAGCUUUACUGUCUGAGGAGGAACGGCUCCUUCCAUGAGCUGCUCCUCAUGCUGCCAGCUUCCAACCGCAGCUUCAAACGGCUUCCUGUAACUGAGCAGCGCACAGCCGCGGGUGUUCUGUCCCCAUUUACUCCCAUAACUAAAGAGCAGCAACAGGUGGGGGAAGAUAUUGUUGAUGAAAAUGACAAAGGUAAUGAAUGUGACUCGGAUGAUGAACAUGCCUCAGGGAAUGAAAAUGACUCGGGUGAUGAAAAUGACUCUGGUGAUGAAAAGGACUCGGUUGAUGAACAGGACUCUGGUGAUGAAAAUGACUCAGGUAAUGAAAAUGACUCGGGUGAUGAAAAUGACUCUGGUGAUGAAAAGGACUCGGUUGAUGAACAGGACUCUGGUGAUGAAAAUGACUCAGGUAAUGAAAAUGACUCGGGUGAUGAAAAUGACUCUGGUGAUGAAAAGGACUCGGUUGAUGAACAGGACUCUGGUGAAGAAAAUGACUCAGGUAAUGAAAAUGACUCGGGUGAUGAAAAUGACUCUGGUGAUGAAAAGGACUCGGUUGAUGAACAGGACUCUGGUGAUGAAAAUGACUCAGGUAAUGAAAAUGACUCGGGUGAUGAAAAUGACUCUGGUGAUGAAAAGGACUCGGUUGAUGAACAGGACUCUGGUGAUGAAAAUGACUCAGGUAAUGAAAAUGACUCGGGUGAUGAAAAUGACUCUGGUGAUGAAAAGGACUCGGUUGAUGAACAGGACUCUGGUGAUGAAAAUGACUCAGGUAAUGAAAAUGACUCGGUUGAUGAAAAUGACUCUGGUGAUGAAAAGGACUCGGUUGAUGAACAGGACUCUGGUGAUGAAAAGGACUCGGUUGAUGAACAGGACUCUGGUGAUGAAAAUGACUCAGGUAAUGAAAAUGACUCGGGUGAUGAAAAUGACUCUGGUGAUGAAAAGGACUCGGUUGAUGAACAGGACUCUGGUGAUGAAAAUGACUCAGGUAAUGAAAAUGACUCGGGUGAUGAAAAUGACUCUGGUGAUGAAAAGGACUCGGUUGAUGAACAGGACUCUGGUGAUGAAAAUGACUCAGGUAAUGAAAAUGACUCGGGUGAUGAAAAUGACUCUGGUGAUGAAAAGGACUCGGUUGAUGAACAGGAAUCUGGUGAUGAAAAUGACUCAGGUAAUGAAAAUGACUCGGGUGAUGAAAAUGACUCUGGUGAUGAAAAGGACUCGGUUGAUGAACAGGACUCUGGUGAUGAAAAUGACUCAGGUAAUGAAAAUGACUCGGUUGAUGAAAAUGACUCUGGUGAUGAAAAGGACUCGGUUGAUGAACAGGACUCUGGUGAUGAAAAGGACUCGGUUGAUGAACAGGACUCUGGUGAUGAAAAUUACUCAGGUAAUGAAAAUGACUCGGGUGAUGAAAAUGACUCUGGUGAUGAAAAGGACUCGGUUGAUGAACAGGACUCUGGUGAUGAAAAUGACUCAGGUAAUGAAAAUGACUCGGGUGAUGAAAAUGACUCUGGUGAUGAAAAGGACUCGGUUGAUGAACAGGACUCUGGUGAUGAAAAUGACUCAGGUAAUGAAAAUGACUCGGGUGAUGAAAAUGACUCUGGUGAUGAAAAGGACUCGGUUGAUGAACAGGACUCUGGUGAUGAAAAUGACUCAGGUAAUGAAAAUGACUCGGUUGAUGAAAAUGACUCUGGUGAUGAAAAGGACUCGGUUGAUGAACAGGACUCUGGUGAUGAAAAGGAUUCGGUUGAUGAACAGGACUCUGGUGAUGAAAAUGACUCAGGUAAUGAAAAUGACUCGGGUGAUGAAAAUGACUCUGGUGAUGAAAAGGACUCGGUUGAUGAACAGGACUCUGGUGAUGAAAAUGACUCAGGUAAUGAAAAUGACUCGGGUGAUGAAAAUGACUCUGGUGAUGAAAAGGACUCGGUUGAUGAACAGGACUCUGGUGAUGAAAAUGACUCAGGUAAUGAAAAUGACUCGGUUGAUGAAAAUGACUCUGGUGAUGAAAAGGACUCGGUUGAUGAACAGGACUCUGGUGAUGAAAAGGACUCGGUUGAUGAACAGGACUCUGGUGAUGAAAAUGACUCAGGACUCACUCACCGCCUCCAGGACUCAGUCACCGCCUCCAGGACACAGUCACUGCCGUCAGGACUCAGUCACCGCCGUCAGGACUCAGUCAUCGCCGACUCAGUCACCGCCAUCAGGACUCAGUCAUCGCCGUCAGGACUCAGUCACCGCCAUCAGGACUCAGUCACCGCCGCCAGGACUCAGUCAACGCCAUCAGGACUCACUCACCGUCGUCAGGACUCAGUCACCGCCUGUAGUUUAACACACAUCUCUGCAGCUUCUCUACUGUUACCCACUCUUUACUCCAUCCAGACAGUGUCUUGCCCACGACCAAAAUCUAAUAAAUUAGCAAAGAUUCCCAAAGGAGUAAAUCAUGAUAAUCUAAUUAAAAUCAAAAUAACUCCAAUUGGGGAAAAAGUUAAAACAAAUAAAUGCGGUCUGUUUAACAUAAGAUCGCUUUCCUCUAAAAGUCUACUAGUUAAUGACUUGAUUUGUGAUAAUCACAUUGACUUGUUUUGCCUUACAGAAACCUGGCUGCAGAAAGAGGAUUAUGUGAGCAUAAAUGAGGCAACUCCUUCAAGCUAUUUAAAUUUUCACAUCCCCAGAAGUUCUGGGCGAGGAGGAGGAGUAGCAACAAUCUUCGAGUCUGACUUACUGAUUACUCCCAAAACAAUUAAUACCUACAACUCUUUUGAACAUUUAACCCUUAAUUUCCCUGAUCCAAAUUUCAAGGCAAGAAAACCUCUUCUUUUUGUAACUUUGUAUCGUCCACCAGGUCCUUACUCUGAAUUUUUAGAUGAGUUUUCAGAGUUCCUUUCUGAUUUGGUAUUAAAUACUGACAGGGUCAUCAUAUUGGGAGAUUUUAACAUCCAUGCUGACAUUGAAGGCGAUAGCUUAAGAGCAGCCUUUAAUGCUAUCUUAGACACUAUUGGCUUUGUUCAGAGUGAGAGUGGUCCCACGCAUUCUCAUCUUCAUACUUUGGAUCUUGUGCUGACAUACGGCAUAGAAUGUGAAGAAAUAACAGUAUUUCCUCACAACCCUGUCCUCUCUGACCACUUUCUAAUAACCUUCAGGAUUACUUUAACAGAGUUCUCCUCCCCCAAAAGAAGGUUCAAUUUUAGUAGAUCUUUAUCAGAUAGUGCAGUUAUAAAUUUUAAAGAAUCUGCUUCACUUUCUCUCUGCUCUGUGUCACUGAGCAGUGCUGCAGAGUGCAAAAGCUUAGCUUAUUCCCCUUCACAGGUUGAUGAUUUUGUUGAGGGGGUUGCUAGUUCUCUGCGUAUUGCCUUAGACAACGCAGCUCCUUUGAAAAUGAAAACCGUUAAAAAUAGAAAGCUUGCUCCUUGGUUUAAUGCAGAGCUGCGUACUUUGAAGCAAAAUGCUAGGAAACUGGAGAGAAAAUAUCGCUCCACAGGCCUGCGAGAGUCCUUCCUAGUCUGGAAAAAUGGUUUACUGCUGUAUAAGAGGACCCUUUGUAAAGCAAGAGCAGCAUACUUCUCCUCAUUAAUAGAGGAGAAUAAGAAUAAUCCUAGAUUUCUUUUUAAUACAGUUGCCAAACUCACCCAGAGCCAUAGCUCUGUUGAACCGUCCAUUCCACCUGCUCUUAGCAGCAAUGAUUUUAUGGGAUUCUUUAUAAAUAAGAUUGAUCUUAUUAAAAAUAAGAUCAUAAGCACUCCUCUAUCCGCGAUUGUACCUGAGGUAGUCAUGGAAUCUGAACCGGGUUUAGACUGCUUUGAUCCAGUUGAACUCUCUGAAUUAGCAAAAUUAUUGUCUUCAUCUAAGCCUUCAACUUGUAUGUUAGAUCCAGUUCCAACCAGGUUAUUUAAGGAGGUAUUCCCUUUGAUCUCCUCCUCCAUUUUAGAUGUGAUUAAUCUAUCUCUGUUACAGGGAUAUGUACCUAAAGCUUUUAAGAUUGCUGUAAUUAAACCUCUGCUUAAGAAACCGUCUCUUGACCCAGAUGACUUGGUCAAUUAUAGACCUAUAUCCAAUCUUCCUUUCUUAUCCAAAAUUCUUGAGAAAGUAGUUGCCAAACAAGUUUGCGAUCACUUCCACCAUAAUGAACUUUUUGAAGAGUUUCAGUCUGGCUUUAGAGCUCAUCAUAGCACUGAAACAGCUCUGGUGAAAGUCACUAAUGAUAUUCUCAUGGCCUCAGAUAAUGGACUUGUAUCUGUGCUCGUCCUGUUGGAUCUUAGUGCUGCAUUUGAUACAGUUGACCAUAAUAUUCUUUUAGAAAGACUUGAAUAUUUUGUUGGAAUUAAAGGAACAGCACUAGACUGGUUUAAAUCUUAUCUAUCUGAUCGAAUUCAGUUUGUUCAUGUUAAUGAUAGAUCUUCAACACGCUCAAAGGUUACCUGUGGAGUACCACAGGGAUCAGUGCUAGGACCAAUUCUCUUUACUUUAUACAUGCUCCCAAUUGGUAGAAUUAUUAGACAGCAUGGGAUUAAUUUCCACUGUUAUGCUGAUGAUACCCAGCUAUAUCUGUCUAAUCCAGAUGAAGCUAACCCAUUACAUAGAUUACAGGCAUGUCUUGAAGACAUAAAAACCUGGAUGACUCUUAAUUUUCUGCUUCUGAAUGCAGACAAAACAGAAGUUAUAGUCUUUGGACCCGAGUCUCUGGAAAAGAAACUGAUUAGCCAGUCACUUCAUUUGGAUGGGAUUAAACUGAUUUCAGAUAAUAAAGUAAAAAAUCUUGGUGUUAUUUUUGAUCAGGACCUGUCAUUUAGGUCCCAUAUCAAGGAGGUUUCUAGAAUUUCCUUCUUUCAUCUGAGGAACAUUGCAAAAAUUAGAAAUAUCCUGUCCAGGGGUGAUGCUGAGAAACUAGUCCAUGCAUUUGUUACUUCAAGGCUGGACUAUUGUAAUUCUUUACUAUCAGGAAGUCCACAAACUGUAGUUAAAAGCCUUCAGCUGAUCCAAAAUGCUGCAGCCAGAGUUCUGAUGAAAAUGAAAAAGAGAGAUCAUAUCUCGCCUAUCCUGGCUUCUCUUCAUUGGCUUCCUGUUAAAUCAAGAAUAGAAUUUAAAAUCCUCCUUCUCACAUAUAAAGCCUUAAAUGGCCAAGCUCCAUCUUAUAUCAGAGAUCUGAUUGUUCCUUAUGUUCCUAACAGAGCACUUCGCUCUCAAUCUGCAGGUUUACUAGUGGUUCCUAGAAUUUCUAAAAGUAGAAUGGGAGGCAGGUCUUUUAGUUCUCAGGCUCCUCUCCUGUGGAACCAACUACCAGUUUUAGUCCGUGAGGCAGACACCCUGUCUACUUUUAAGGCUAGGCUUAAAACUUUCAUUUUUGAUAAAGCUUAUAGUUAG